AUGGCGUACCAGAGCACCAAUGCGAACCCCAGGCGUAGUGACGGCUCAGUGCUGCAUCUUGGCGUUAAGGCUGGACAGGUGGCCAAUCGUGUGGUGUCGGUGGGGAGUAUUGGGCGCGCUAGGUUGCUCGCGGAGCUGCUGGAUGAUGGACAGUUCGAAACCAUCGAGUCUGCACGCGGAUUCACGACAUUCACGGGAAAGAUGAAAGGCGUUCAGGUGUCUAUUGUGGCAACGGGGAUGGGCGUUCCCAACAUGGACUUUGUCGUAAGGGAGACCAGGGCGGUCGUGGAAGGCCCGAUGAACAUCAUUCGAUUCGGAACCUGCGGGGCUGUGCGGGAGGAGGUAACUCCGGGAAGUGUCGUUGUGAGCGGCAAGGGUUCCGUCAUGGUCACGCGCAACCCGGAUGCUUUCUUUCCUGAUGCUACUGGAGACGACUACUAUCGAGUGUCUCGAGUGAUGCCUUCAUCGCCAGCGCUCUCCAACGCGCUUGUUGCGGCGAUGAACGACAAGCUCAGUGCUCUUCCUGCAGAGCCAACUAUCGGCGGUAAUGAUGUGCUCAAUGUCUUUGAUGGGCUCAACGCCACCGCUUGCUCCUUCUACAGCUCUCAAGGCCGCCUCGAUUCGUCCUUUGACGACCGCAACGAACAGCUGGUGGAGAACCUCACCAAGACCCACCAGGAUCUCUACACGGUCGAGAUGGAGACCUUCCACCUGUUGGACCUGGCGCAGCGUAGUCGCGGCUCCGUCCAGGCCACUGCGGCGGUUCUCGUCGUGGCCAACCGCCUAAGUGGUCAAGUAAUCGCGUCUGACCUUCUCAAGAGGCUGGAAUCCUUAUGGGGGCAGGUCAUUCUCGGGGUCAUCGCUGAUGCUCCACUUCAAGCUUGA